AUGUGUGGUUUAAUAUUGGAUGGUUUGAUCUGCAGAGAUUUCAGAACUGUGUCGUGGUUCAAGGCUAUGUCAAUGACCGUGAUUGUUUGGACUUCGCUGAGUGAGUCUAAUUGGUCGAGAAACAUCACUGUAGUUGGACGAUAUCUGAUCACUAGUUGCUAG